AUCUCAACAAUAUCGAGGAUGCGCUCGUUCUUCAUUUGGACGGAUCUUCCUUCAUUCACUACCGAGAAAAGUAAAUAUCCGAUUUGAUUUUCAUUUUUUUUUUCGGCCUGACAUUCUGAGAAUGGUUUCCCCUGGUCUCCGAAAAAAGAAAAGCACGUUCGGUGCAUGUAACACAUUCUCACGAUCAAGCCGGCCACCUAUUUACGGGCUCAUGGUGUUUUUGGAUCCUGUUGGGUGGAGGUGGCCUAAAAUCACAAUUCAUGAAGCCCACGGACUGCUUGUAUUUAUGCAAACGAUAUUCACCAAGUCCAUGGGCCACUAAUUUGAGUGGGGCCUAUACUGGAAGCGGAUAUUCAUCGCUGGAGCUUCAACCAGGCGACCUCCGGGGCUAUCAUAGAAAUCUCUGGUUCUUUGUUUGGAGGAGCAGGAGCAGGAGAUGGCUAAACCAAAGCAGCAGAAGCCAUCCAAGAAACAACCACGUCCACAUGACUCACCACGGCCUCAUUCUGAUUCCCUAUUGCUGUUUCUUCCAUAUUGGGCUCAUUGGACUAUUGUGCGACCUUUGCUCUGUUCUGAGCCUACUCUUCCCGGACUUAUCGGACUGCCCAAGUUCUUCUUGCAUCAUAUCAAUAGCAUGGUGUCUUAAUGCUGAACAAGUUGUUUCUGGAAGGCAAAUUGAAUCUGCCAUCUCUGACUUUCUAUACGUGGGAGAUCAAGAAGCAAGGGAAACAAGUUGAUGUUUCCCAGUUACGCUCUCAGCUGGAUAUGUUGGGCCUUCGGAUUAUUGAAGUGACUGCUGAUGGUAAUUGUUUCUUCAGAGCCCUUGCUGAUCAAUUGGAAGGUAAUGAGGAGGAGCAUCAAAAGUAUCGGAGCAUGGUAGUAAAACAUAUUAUGGACAACCGGGACAUAUUUGAGCCCUUUAUUGAGGAUGAGGUCCCAUUUGAGGAAUACUGCCAAUCCAUGCAAAAUGAUGGCACAUGGGCUGGACAUAUGGAAUUGCAGGCAGCUUCUCUCGUAACACACAGUAAUAUAUGCAUUCACCGGAACAUGUCUCCUCGUUGGUACAUUAGAAAUUUCAAUGGCUGUGGAGCUCGUAUGAUCCAUUUGUCUUAUCAUGAUGGAGAACACUAUAAUAGUGUGCGGUUAAAGAAUGAUCCUGGUGAUGGGCCUGCAAGGCCAAUUGUGAUCAAGGCUGAUGCUGAUCUUUCAGCAACAUCACAUCAAGCAAAAGUCACGGCCAACAAGUCUCACAGGCAAGGUGGCGGGGAAACCUUUCAGUCAGGGUCCAUAAAGCUUGUCAUGGUAGGGAGUGGAUGUGAAAGUGCUGCAAAAGUGGAACAGAUUCUGAAACAAGUGAACGGAGAUGUUGAUGCCGCAAUAGAGUUCUUAAUAGCAGAACGAGGAACAGAAGAGAGCUCUACAAAGUCUGAUUCCCCUCCCAGCCUGACUGAUGCUUCUGGAUGUCCAGUCAGCGAUGAAAAUAAGAAAAAAGAAGAAACAAUAGGGGCUACCCCCACCAAUGAUGAGUCCAAGAAUAACUCCACAAAGAUCAAUGGCGACAACAGAUUGCAAAGAAAUGAUAAGAUUCCUAGAAACAAGGUCUGCCCUUGCGGGUCAAAAAAGAAAUACAAAGCUUGUUGUGGUACAGCCUUGGGGAGACAAUCUGCUAAGUUAGUUGUCAACCAAGCGGCCGACACUAGGAAGGGUAGGAAAGAAAAGAAGCAGGGAAAGAAAGGUGUUCCUGCUAGAGAUGAUGUGAUACACGAAUAUGAUGAUGGAGGGACGCUAGACAUGGGUGCGCUUUGUAUUUGACAUGCAUUCCAAAUGUUCUUCUUACAGAUGAUAUCAAUCUACGCUAUCAUCUCCUUCAUAUCUGAGAUCUCCCAAUAUCCGCCGGUGCCUUCCUACACUUGAUCGUUUUACUGAUUACUGAUUAUUUGAAUCAAAUGUGCACUUGUGUCUGUAGCAUGUAUAUUACGAAAAGAAUAGAUGGCCGGGCUCCCCUUUCGUUCUGGUAGAAGCGAAGAGCAAGAUAGGAAAAGGGAUGAAAACAGGGGAAACAUGUUAUAUAAUCGUUUU